AUGGAACCGGUUAAAGAAGAAUUUGCAAGUUUAUCGUCAGUCUCCAUUACGUCCCGCAUCCCAGAUUUUUGGAAGAAAUCGCCGAAAAUAUGGUUUAUUCAAACGGAGGCAGUUUUAACGCCACAGAAAAUGUCAGAUGAAGCGAAAUACCAAAUAGUAAUUUCUAAAUUAACGCCAGAAGUCAUCGAGCAAGUCACGGACAUUUUAAUUAGCCCGCCGGAGACAGGAAAAUAUGAAAAGUUAAAAAGAAGAUUAUUACAAAUUUUUGAAGAAUCGGAAGAUCGACAAAUAAAAAAAUUAAUUGGCGAAAUGGAAUUGGGUGAUCAAAAACCGUCACAAUUAAUGAGGAAAAUGCAAGAUUUGGCGCGUGGACGAGUAACAACAGAAACACUUCUAGUUUUAUGGCAAAAUUUAUUACCGCCGGCAAUAAGAGCUGUGUUAGCCGUAUCCGAGAGUAAAAGUGAAGAUAUUUUGGCAUCAAUAGCAGAUAAAGUUAUGGAGAGCAUGACACCCUUAAACUCGGUAUCAGCAGUUCAACAGUCCAGUUUAAGCAACAGUCCAGAAAAUAUUUUGAUUGGUGAGAUAGAAAAAUUAAAUAAUCGACUGAGAAGAUUGGAAACAAGAAAUAAUACAUCAAAUUUUAGAACGAGGUCACGAUCCAGGUCAAGAGGUAGAUUACAACGUAAUCAAAGGCAUAAUCCCAAUUGGCUUUGUAAAUACCAUUACAAAUAUAAAAACAAAGCGAUGAAAUGUGUGAAACCGUGCAACUGGAAAACCUAG